AUGUCGGCAACUCCCAUCGCGACGCCGUCAGGCUCGGCCUCGCUUACGGAGACGCUCGCCUCCUCACUGGCCUCGUCUCUAUCAACGGCCUUUUCUGCCACAAUCUCUGCGACUUUGAGCUCGAACGGAACCAUUCCCUCUUCGGCGUCGUCAACGACAUCAGAAACAUCGCCACCGGCUUCUCCAUCACCCGUCUCUCUUCCUUCGGACAGAUACCAAGGAAUAACUCUGGUUGCGUUCCUCACUGCCCUGGCAACUGGUCUUUCGGUUUUCGCCGUGCAAAUCAUUGCCUUUUUGCUUCUACGGAAUAAGAUUGCGCGUAUUUUCAAACCAAAGUCUUAUCUUGUUCCCGAACGUGAAAGAACGGAGAGUCCCCCCAGCACACCUUGGAGUCUCAUCAGCACCCUGAUCCACUACGACGACCGCGACAUCAUCAAAAAGUGUGGCUUGGACGCCUACUUCUUCCUCCGCUAUCUAAGAACUCUCCUCACAAUAUUCAUCCCCAUCGCCGUUAUCGUAAUUCCUAUCUUGAUUCCGCUCAACUAUAGCGAUGGUGUGGGUCAUGACUUGAUCGACGAUGCGAAGAAUGAGGCCAAUGAUACCAGCUCCGACCCAGUUCGUCUCAUGGCCAGGGCAGGUCAAUCUGCCAGCGGUGAUACCGACAAUGAACCUACGGGUCUGGAUACCCUGGCCUGGGGCAACAUUAGCAGAACCCACACCGGCCGCUUUUGGGCACAUCUGAUCCUGGCGCUGCUCGUCAUCAUUUGGGUCUGCACGGUCUUCUUCUUUGAACUCCGUGUCUACAUCAAAGUCCGACAGGAUUAUCUGACGAGUGCCGAGCAUCGUCUCCGGGCUUCGGCCACGACCAUUCUUGUCAACAGCAUCCCUUCCAAAUGGCUGACAGAGGAGGCUUUGUUGGGCCUGUUCGACGUUUUCCCUGGCCAAAUUCGGAACAUCUGGCUCAAUCGUGACUUGACCACUCUACUCGAGAAGAUCCAGCUGCGUGAAAGUAUCCACCUUAGGUUGGAAGCAGCCGAGACGGAGCUCGUUAAGGCUGCGAAGAGGAAGCAACUCAAGAGGAAAAAGAAAGAGGACAAACUCUCCAGAAAGCAGGCCAACACCAAGGGGCCGAGCAGACAAGAAGAAGCCCUGAGGCGGCAGCGAGAAGAUGCCGAUGCCAAGAAGAGAGCCGAAGCCGGUCUUGGCAUCAGCUCCGGCGAGCACGAGGAUGUCCCCCACGACAUCAGCGCCAUAGUCGACGACAAGCACAAGAACCCGGAAUCAAGGCGGUCGAGCACCUCGUCUUCAAGCUCAGACAAUGGCAACCGGCCUGAGUCCAGGGGUUUCGGGCUUGGACUAAUCGGGGACGGCAUCAGCAAAGUUGGCAAAGGCCUGCUUGGCGGCGUCGGCAAAGCGCAGCAAAAUAUCAGGGAAUUCAGCGAUGAUGUGGAGGAGACGGUUGAGACGACUAACGGCUUCGCAAUGCUGCAUCCGAGUGAUCGACCUCGAAAGGUCCAGAUUCUGGCCGAGGGCGAACGCCCCGGAACAGCUGAGAGCGCAAGAGUCACGGCGGACCAAGCCGAACCACCCGCGAAUACAGAGACACAGAAGACGCAUUCCCGAAAUGCAUCUGCCGUCUCCCAGGAGACCACCGACCAGAAUUACAAGCGAAGCUACGAGCCUUUCGGCAAUGGCAACACGGUGCGCAAAGUCAGCAACCUGGACCACAUGUAUGAUCAGGAAAAACGCAAGUUCUGGCAAUUCUGGAAAGCCCCGGCCGGUGGCUACGCAUCCCCCGUACCCCAAGGAUUCGACGGCGGUGAAUACCCUUUUGGCCAGUCAAAGGACAAGACCACGUGGCAGAAGAUCAAAGCCUACAUUCCCUUCACGGGCGGAGACAGCCAGGCCCCCGUCGAUUAUCCCGAAUCUAACACCAUCGGCGGCGAGUACAAGAACAUAUUGGACGACGAUGCUGAGUGGCGGAAAUGGAUCAAGGAGAAGAACAGGCCAAUGCAUCGACUACCACGGUGGGGCUUCCCUGACUGGCUCGCCUGGCUGACUUUUGGUCCCAAGGUUGACACGAUCUACUGGUGUCGGUCGGAGCUGUCGCGUUUGAACGUCGAAAUCGACGACGACCAAGCGCACCCAGAGCGAUAUCCCUUGAUGAACUCGGCCUUUAUCCAAUUCAACCAUCAGGUUUCGGCACACAUGGCCUGUCAAAGUCUCAUGCACCACGUUCCGAAGCACAUGUCACCUCGGAUUAACGAAGUUUCGCCCAAGGAUGUCAUCUGGGACAACAUGGCUUUGAAGUGGUGGCACGAGUCCAUCCGGUCUGGCGUCGUCACCGUCGUCAUUGCAGCCAUGGCCUUUUUCUGGGCCAUCCCUAUCGCUUUCACGGCCUCCAUUGCCAACAUUGACGGUCUGGUUGGGCAGUUUCCCUGGCUGGCAUGGAUCAAGAAGGACCCCGUUGAGAAGGUCGCCGGAGCCGUUGCUGGUGUCUUGCCCGCUAUCCUGCUUGCGCUCCUCCUCUUGAUUGUCCCCCUCAUUCUCGAACAACUCGCGCUGUUUCGGGGCGUCAAAACCGGCUCGCAGAAGGCCGAAUUUGUCCAGCGCUUCUACUUCGUCUUCCUCUUCAUCCAAGUCUUCCUCGUUGUUUCGAUUGCGUCGUUCUUCGCUGCAUCAGUUGACGAGCUGUGGGCUAAUCUGGAGACACUCUCAAAUGUUGGAGAAAUCCUGAACAUUCUCGCCAGAAACUUGCCGAGAGCGUCCAACUACUUCUUCUCGUACAUGUUGCUACAAGCGCUUUCUGUCAGCUCCGGAACACUGCUUCAGAUCGGGGGCCUUGUCACUUGGUACCUGUUGGCCCGGAUACUCGACACCACGGCUCGUGACAAGUGGAAGAGGAACACGACCCUCUCGACUAUUGCAUGGGGCCAGUUUUUCCCUGUCUACACCAAUUUCGCCUGCAUCGCCUUGGUCUAUAGCGUCAUUGCUCCGCUAAUUUCGCUGUUUGCUGUCCUAACGUUCGGCCUACUAUGGUUCGCUCAGCGUUACAGUAUGUUGUACGUCACGCGCUUCGAAACUGACACAGGUGGUGUAUUGUACCCUCGCGCGAUCAACCAAACGUUCACGGGCCUGUACGUCAUGGAAGCUUGCUUGGCGGGCUUGUUUUUCAUCACUGUGGACGAAAAUGACAACAGCGCUGCCACGCCGCAGGGGGUCAUCAUGCUGGUAACACUUGGCCUCACGGCGAUAUACCAAAUCUCGUUGAACACGUCGUUUUCACCCCUGUUCCGGUAUUUGCCAAUCACUGUCGAAGAUGAGGCGGUCCUCAGAGACGAGGCAUUCCAGCGAGCUCAAAACAGACGUUUGGGGCUCCCCAAUGACGACGACGGCGACGAGUUCACAGACGAAAAGACACCCAUGGCAAAUGGCGACGGAUCCGGAGCCGAAGCCCCCGGUAUCGAAUUGCAAAGGAUGGAGCACGAGGGGCCCAAACGGAAGCCAUCGACUAUGCGCCGUGUCAAGAACGUCGGUCACUGGGCGAAGCGGGAAGGUAAAAACCUUCGCAGUAAGACCUGGAACGUGGGCGCCGCCCCCGUCCACACGGCCGCCGAGUACCGCCGCCAACAGCGCAACAAAGAUCUGGAGGCCCAACGGGCUCUUGGGGAAGCACUGUAUGGCGGUUUUCACGAUGAAAUCGAAGAUUUGACGCCCGCCGAGCGUGAUGCACUCGUUAAGAACGCGUUCAAACAUUACGCCCUACGAGCACGAGCACCCGCUGUCUGGAUUCCUCGUGACGAUAUUGGGGUCAGCGAUGACGAGAUUCGGCGCACGAAGGAGUAUAGUGAGCACAUUUGGAUCAGCAACGAGGGAACGGCGCUGGAUAGUAAGAUCCGCGUGGUGUAUGGCGCCAAUCCGCCCGACUUUUCAGAGAUUGACAUUAUCAAUCUCUAA